CACACAACACCUCCAAUUUAAUCAACAUAUGCUACAGAUACAGAGGCCAAAGACAAGAACCUUGUAACUUGUCAGCUCAAAGACUCCACCUUUCCUCAAAUCUUACAACCUAGGUGUCAAGAUGUUUGGAAGGGCUCCCAAGAAAAGCGAUAACUCCAAGUACUAUGAUGUUUUGGGGGUGUCCAAGAAUGCUUCACAAGAUGACUUGAAGAAGGCUUAUAGGAAGGCUGCUAUCAAGAAUCAUCCUGAUAAGGGGGGCGAUCCUGAAAAGUUCAAGGAGAUAUCUCAGGCUUAUGAGGUUUUGAGUGAUCCCGAGAAGCGUGAGAUUUAUGAUCAGUAUGGUGAGGAUGCGCUCAAGGAAGGAAUGGGAGGUGGUGGUGGUGGGCAUGACCCAUUCGACAUCUUCUCAUCUUUCUUUGGUGGAGGAAGCCCAUUUGGUGGUGGUGGCAGUAGCAGAGGACGAAGACAGAGGAGAGGAGAGGAUGUUGUGCAUCCCCUUAAGGUAUCCCUUGAGGAUUUAUACAGUGGUACCACAAAGAAGCUGUCUCUAUCCCGUAAUGUGAUUUGCUCGAAGUGCAAUGGCAAGGGAUCAAAAUCUGGUGCUUCCAUGAAGUGUACUGGUUGCCAAGGGUCUGGAAUGAAGGUGUCAAUCAGGCAUUUGGGACCCUCUAUGAUUCAGCAGAUGCAGCAUCCUUGCAAUGAGUGCAAAGGAACAGGAGAGAGUAUCAGUGACAGGGAUCGCUGUACUCAAUGUAAGGGUGAGAAGGUUGUUCAACAAAAGAAGGUUUUGGAUGUUGUUGUAGACAAGGGUAUGCAGAAUGGGCAGAAGAUCACAUUUGCUGGAGAAGCUGAUGAAGCGCCUGAUACUGUCACAGGGGAUAUAGUUUUUGUCUUACAGCAGAAAGAACAUCCCAAGUUCAAGAGAAAGGGUGAUGAUCUUUUUGUGGAGCACACAUUGUCACUGACUGAAGCCCUUUGCGGCUACCAGUUUGUUUUGACUCAUCUGGACGGCAGGCACUUGCUUAUCAAGUCUAAUCCUGGAGAGGUUAUCAAGCCUGAUCAAUUCAAGUCUAUCAGUGAUGAGGGUAUGCCGAUGUAUCAAAGAGGCUUCAUGAAGGGUAACCUCUACGUUCACUUCAGUGUUGAGUUCCCAGAUUCCCUGACCCUCGACCAGGUGAAGGCACUAGAGGCUGUGCUCCCACCAAAGCCCGCGCAGCAGAUGACCCCAAUGGAGUUGGAUGAGUGUGAAGAGACCACCUUACAUGAUGUCAACAUUGAAGAGGAGAUGAGAAGGAAGCAAGCACAGGCGCAGCAGGAGGCCUACGACGAGGAUGAAGACAUGCACGGUGGAGCUCAGAGAGUGCAAUGUGCUCAGCAGUAGAGCAUCUGAACUUUUUACAUAAGUGGAAGUAGUCUGUUUUGGUGCUGGUGUGGUUUAUGUCUGUACUAGCAGCAGAUUAUGCUGCAUGUCUGAUAUUUUAUAGGAAACUGUAUUUGAACCUUGUGGGAUAAUCUCAUCAUUUUUUUUGCUCGGA